AUGAUAAAGCGGGCCUUUAACACCACGGUGAAUCGUUUUGAAAACACACAAGGUGACUGGGGUUACUUGAAGCAAAGACUGACACAACUUAAAGAAGAAGCAGCACCUGAUGAUAAUGAUGCCCUUUGCGGGUUGAUUAAGGGAGUAGUUAAAGAGAAUCCGUCAAUCGAGAAGCUUUACGACGAGCUACCGCGGAAGGAAUAUGAGGACCGCUUCCGUUCACAAAUACAAGCGUCAAAGCUUAAGAGGUUCGUGAACAAAGAGUCUCGUGAAACUGCUUUAUCUCGUCCCUGGACUGGGGAAGAACAUUAUACAGACACGUCACUGAGGAUGAUAAUGGAUGGAGUUAAAAAUGAAGGAGGAUCCUCUGGGUCAUCUCGCAAUCUAGGGUUUUCUUCGACUUUUCAGGCUACAAAGGAAUCCAAUCGAUAUGCGAGGAGGGCAGUUAAAACAAGACUCCGUCUUGAAACUGCACAAGACCGAAUAAUUGAUUACAAGAUCGAUAAAGAUGAGCACAAAUCAGAUGAUAUAGAGGCUUCGGAGUUUAGGGUCUUGUAUGCUGAAAAGUUCACUCCGAUAGGCUCAUUUGAGAAAUUGAAAUCAAUUGCAGACGUUAGGAUCGAAGAAAGUAUGAAAAAGGGCGAAUUUGAUUCCGUAAAAAAAAUCCGCGGCCAAAAACUCUCUUCAACGCAGCCGCUACCAUAUGUUGACCGCACUGAACAUCACCUUAAUGAUAUACUGGUUCGCCAAAACAUUUCCCCUCCGUGGAUCGAAAAACAAGGCUCAGUAAAUAAAGACAUUAUGGUAUUUAGGGACGACCUUCUAAGAAAGUUUCAGUCUGAAUUGAUAGCGGCUCUCAAUUUAAGAGGAUUCUUUCGAACUGAGGUCCCAAGCAAUUCGGAACUCAACCAACAUGGCAAGCUGAAUUCAGUGAAAGAAUCCGUAUUUUCCGAUUGGAAGUCCACACUAAAAAUUGGUUCCAGAAUUAAACAGUUAAACGACUCUCUAAGAUCUUACAAUCUUCAGGCCCCAUUGCCAGCACAAAAAUUUUAUCUUCAGGCCGACAGGGAGUUGCAAAGGGUUUUGAAAGAAACAGAUAUCAGCCGACUUUACCGGGAUGAGUUUUCACGCCAGAAAGUACUACACAAUAAUGCGAAAGCAGCUAACGAGUCACAGGCUACAAGCAACUCCCAGUUCAGCUGGCCAAAAAAAUGGCGCAUUUGGUAG